UAGCCUUAGAUUAUCUAGGUGGUGUUUGCGCUCAAUAUCAGUUGUCAAAUUCAAAGUGAAUAGGAGAGUUGUACUUUUCACCUAUUGAUGUAAUCGGAAAUUCCAUGUGAUGCAAUAAAUGAUAAAGAAAAUAAACAGAAGCGAAUGCGCUCGUGUCAUUUGGAAGCGAGACGUAGAGCACGUUUAAUAAAGUUUUGAGGAACAAAUUAAAAGCAGUUUUCUGUUCGGUGUUUGUUGAUUGAGUUAUCGCCCCAUUCAACCAUAUUUAGUAACUGGAAAAUGAAGGCAUUUCUUCUAUUUGCCGUAAUAAGUUUGUCUGUGAUUUACGCUGUGAAUGCGACGCCACAACGAAACAGGAGACAAGAGAUUCAAAGUCAUGAUAAAGAUUCAGCCAUCCAAGGCACAAUUGACACGAUUUUCAAUCCACCCAAUGGUGGACAAGAACAGCAACAACAAUCACAGCCAAGGACACAGUCGAGUCGUAGCGCUGGCUUUGUUGUAACACCGGAUCCAACCUAUAUGCCAACCACUGCACCUCAAACGAGCACAGUAAACCAACAAAACUGCACUUGUGUGCCGUACCAUUUGUGCGAUCCAAAUAUCAAUAUGGUGGGCGAAACUGCAAACGAAAGCAAAAAUGAAGUGACCGGUUUUGGCAAAAUUAAUGUUCAGUACGAUCCACUCGAUUGUGUUGAUGUGUUGGACGUUUGCUGUGUUGGCGCAGCUCAACGGAAUGUAUCUCUCGUACCGAAACUAAAUGAAAAUGUGACAACUCAAGAGGCCGGAUGCGGCGUUCGUAAUGUUGACGGUCUCGAUUUUGAAUUAGCCGGGGCAUUUGAUAACGAAGCUGGAUUUGGUGAAUUCCCUUGGACACUAGCCCUGAUUGAGACCGGAGUGUACAACAAAUACAUUUGCGGUGGAUCGUUGAUUCAUCCGAAAGCAGCUCUAACUGGGUUCCACUGUGUAAAAGAUUUCGUAACGAAAGCGAAAGAUUUGAAAGUUCGAUCUGGUGAAUGGGAUACCCAGACGACGAAAGAACGUUUACCAUAUCAAGAGCGUACUGUUUUAAGAAUACUCGGACAUCCCGAAUACACGCGUAGCUUGGCUAAUGAUUUUGCUAUAAUUGAAUUGGAAGAACCAUUCCAAAUGGAUCGUCACAUUAGCACAGUGUGUUUGCCACCUCCUGGCUUUGUAGCGAAUCAAAAAGAAUGCUUCGCCUCUGGUUGGGGUAAAGAUAAUUUUGGACAAGAGGGAAAAUAUAGUGUGAUCAUGAAGAAAGUACCACUCAGCAUCGUUGAUCGAAAUCAAUGUGAACGAGCUUUGCAAGCAGAACGACUAGGUGAUAAAUUCCGUUUGGACGGUUCAUUCAUUUGCGCUGGUGGUGUUGAGGGAGUCGACACAUGUCAGGGAGAUGGAGGAGCACCUUUAGUGUGCCCCAUCGGACGACCAAGUGACAAUAGAUUCGCUCAGAAUGGUAUCGUAGCAUGGGGACUCGGCUGCAAGAGACCUAUUCCAGCUGUAUAUGCAAAUGUGGCACAGGCUCGUGACUGGAUCGAUGGGCAAAUGCGACUCAUUGGAUUAGAUACCAACUAUUAUACGUUUAGAGGUUAAAAGAAAUUGUUGAUCUAUUCAUUCUUUUUUCAUUCAUAUUUUGGGUUGUGAAAUUCAAAAAUUCUUUGAAAAUUAGAGGUUAAAUUCGUGGUUGAAAUUAAAAUUUUAUCCUCUUUCUGACAUUUAAAGUGCAAAAAUACAUUGUCAAUGAAAACAUGCUUCUGCCUUUUAUGAAUAUAAAUGAGUUUUACUUAUGA